AAUCAACUCGCAACCAAUAUUUUGACUCGAUUCAGGAAAAUUCACUGAAACUCGGUGAAAAAAAUCGUAAUUAAAGCAUUUAACGGGCAGUGUUAUCCCCAAAAGCAGUUCAAAUCGUGAAAACUAAACGCGUCAAAGUCAAAUCCAGUGGAAAACUGUGAAAAAUCACACGUAAAAUCAUGCAAAGCCAAAUAAACGCCAUCGAUCGUGCAAGAUUGCAAAACAAAGGCCAAAACGAGGGUCAAUUAUCAAACAUGGGUUUGCUAGAAUUGGCUCACAAGGAAUAUCAGAAUGUGGAUUACGAGAAUGCGGAACGUCAUUGCAUGCAAUUGUAUCGUCAGGAGCAAAAUAACACGGGAGUAUUGCUUUUACUUUCGUCAAUUCACUUCCAAUGUCGACGUCUGGAAAAGUCGGCGCAAUUUUCGACAUUGGCAAUUCAACAAAAUCCCUUGUUAGCGGAAGCUUAUAGCAACUUGGGAAAUGUUUUCAAAGAACGCGGACAAUUACAAGAAGCCUUGGAGAAUUACAAACAUGCUGUUCGAUUGAAGCCCGACUUUAUCGAUGGUUACAUCAACUUGGCAGCCGCCUUGGUUGCCGCUCGCGAUAUGGAACAAGCUGUUCAGGCCUACGUUACGGCAUUACAAUACAAUCCAGACCUUUAUUGCGUUCGCAGUGAUUUGGGUAAUUUACUAAAAGCUCUCGGAAGAUUAGACGAAGCCAAGGCUUGUUACUUGAAAGCGAUUGAGACGCGCCCAGACUUUGCCGUGGCAUGGAGCAACUUGGGAUGUGUUUUCAAUGCGCAAGGAGAAAUUUGGUUGGCCAUUCAUCAUUUUGAGAAGGCAGUGGCAUUGGAUCCAAAUUUCUUGGAUGCUUACAUCAAUUUGGGAAAUGUCUUGAAGGAGGCAAGGAUUUUUGAUCGAGCUGUUGCUGCUUACAACAGAGCUCUUAACUUGUCACCGAAUAAUGCAGUGGUUCAUGGAAACUUGGCAUGCGUCUACUAUGAACAAGGUCUCAUCGAAUUGGCUAUCGAUACUUAUCGGCGAGCUAUUGAGCUUCAGCCCAACUUUCCGGAUGCAUAUUGUAAUUUGGCGAAUGCUCUCAAGGAGAAAGGAUUCGUCCAAGAAGCUGAGGAUUGCUACAACACGGCUCUCCGUCUCUGUCCCACACACGCCGAUUCCCUAAACAAUUUGGCCAACAUCAAGCGCGAACAAGGCUACAUCGAGGAAGCAACGAAACUCUACUGCAAAGCUCUCGAAGUUUUUCCCGAAUUCGCAGCGGCGCACUCCAAUCUCGCCUCCGUCUUGCAACAACAGGGCAAACUCAACGAAGCUCUCGUGCACUACAAAGAAGCGAUUCGCAUCCAACCCACAUUCGCGGAUGCCUAUUCCAACAUGGGCAACACUUUGAAAGAAAUGCAAGACGUCGCCGGCGCCUUGCAAUGUUACACGCGCGCCAUUCAAAUAAAUCCCGCAUUCGCCGACGCGCACAGCAACUUGGCCAGCAUCCACAAGGACUCGGGCAACAUCCCGGAAGCCAUUCAAUCGUAUCAAACGGCACUCAAGCUAAAAAGUGACUUUCCCGAUGCCUAUUGCAAUCUCGCGCAUUGCUUGCAAAUCGUUUGCGAUUGGCGCGAUUACGAUGUUCGCAUGAAAAAACUCGUUGACAUCGUCGCCGAUCAGCUGGAAAAAAAUCGCUUGCCCUCGGUGCAUCCGCAUCAUUCCAUGUUGUAUCCACUGACGCACGAAUUCCGCAAAGCGAUCGCUGCACGUCACGCCAACUUGUGUCUUGAAAAGGUGCAUGUGCUCCACAAACCCCCUUUCAAGUUCAAUCGCGAGAUGCAAGGACGUCUCCGUAUUGGCUACGUCAGCAGCGAUUUCGGCAAUCAUCCCACGUCGCACUUGAUGCAAUCGAUUCCGGGGCUUCAUGACAGAACCAAAGUCGAGAUUUUCUGCUAUGCCUUGAGUCCGGAUGAUGGAACGACGUUCCGUGGCAAGGUUGCACGCGAAUGUGAGCAUUUUGUGGACUUAUCGACGUUACCGUGCAACGGAAAGGCAGCUGAUAAAAUCUACGCCGACGGAAUUCAGAUUCUCGUGAACAUGAAUGGAUACACAAAAGGCGCUAGAAACGAGAUUUUCGCCUUGAAACCGGCCCCGAUUCAGGUUAUGUGGCUCGGAUAUCCCGGCACGAGUGGCGCUAGCUUCAUGGAUUACAUUAUAACUGACGCCGUUACGAGUCCCAUGGAUUUGGCACAUCAGUACAGCGAAAAAUUGGCUUAUAUGCCACACACAUACUUCAUUGGCGAUCACAAGCAGAUGUUCCCGCACUUGAAAGAGCGAAUUAUUGUGUCGGACAAGAGUUCAGGAAAAAUUGCGGAUAACGUUGCUGUUAUUAAUGCCACAGAUCUUUCACCAUUGGUUGAGAAUACAGAAGUUAAGACGAUUCGGGAGAUUGUUCAUGCCAAUCGAACGGUAGAAAUUCAACACAAAGUCGCUGAAUUGCCGACUACGACGAUUAUUGACUCGAUGAUCAGCUCCGGACAACUUCAUACGUCGUUGAAUGGUGUCGUUUUGCAAAAUGGACUUGGAACGCCGCAAACUAACAGUAAGGCAUCCACUGGAGAAGAGGUUCCACAAAGCAUUGUUGUCACAACACGUGCCCAAUAUGGAUUACCAGAUGACGCGAUUGUCUAUUGCAACUUCAAUCAAUUGUACAAAAUCGAUCCACAUACGUUGCAAUCGUGGGUUUAUAUUUUGCAACAUGUUCCCAACUCAGUUUUAUGGUUGCUUCGUUUCCCAGCUGUGGGAGAGUCAAAUAUUCAACAGACGGCACAGCAAUUGGGUCUCGCUCCCGGUCGUAUCAUCUUCUCAAAUGUCGCUGCGAAGGAAGAGCAUGUUCGACGAGGUCAGUUAGCUGAUGUUUGUUUGGACACGCCACUCUGUAACGGCCAUACGACUUCGAUGGAUGUCUUAUGGACUGGAACUCCCGUCGUCACAUUACCCAGUGAGACAUUAGCUUCAAGAGUUGCUGCAUCUCAACUCGCAACCCUUGGUUGCCCCGAGCUGAUUGCCUCAUCACGACAAGAAUACCAAAACAUCGCCAUCAAAUUGGGCACAGAACCGGAAUAUUUGAAGGCUAUUCGUGCAAAGGUCUGGAAAGCACGUGAAGAAUCGCCUCUUUUUGACUGCAAAGCUUAUGCUCAAGGCUUGGAAAUGCUCUUUACAAAGAUGUGGCAGAGGUUUGCCCGUGGCGAAGCACCAAAUCACAUUUCAGCAAAGGAUUAAAUAUAUAUUUUUUGUUAAAAUUUAAGAAUAUUUACAAAGACUACUUAGCAUCUUUUUUUUCUUCACACACAUACAAACACAUAAAGUUUUAUCCAAUAUUUUAUUAGUUUUUAAGGAUAUUUUAAUAUAGACACAUGAUUGGCUCAAGCAGUCAUUUAUUUUUAAUUAUUACAUUUAGAUACAAUUUGGGAGUUUUCUUUGUUCAAUGUUGGGUUCAAUGUUAAAGUCAAGAGAUCACUUUGUAGUUAGAAUUUUAGCUUUUUCUCUCUUACUUAAAUCUACUACAAUCUACUUCUACUCUAGAUGAUAUUAAGAAAUAUUUACUCUAUCCAUAUGACGCUAGAACAGAUUUAUGAGACAAGAGACACAAGAAAAUGAAAUAAAAAUUGUAUUGAAUAGAAAAGAUUUGAGUUUUAUAUCUUUAGGAUGUCCAAAAGUUUUUUCUUGAUAGGGU